AUGGAAGUAGAGAAAAACGCCGCUCUUCCCUUCUUGGAUAUUUUGGUGGAGAGGAAACCAGAUGGCACUUUAGGACAUCGAGUAUAUAGGAAGCCAACUCUCUCAGACAGGUAUCUGAAUGCACAGUCCCACCACUACCCAGCCCAAAAACAGGGGAUCAUAAAUACAUUGAUUCAUCGGGCGCGGAUCAUCAGCGAGCCAAGACACUUGGCCGAAGAACUAGAACACCUACGCACGGCCUUGAGAGGGAAUAGCUACAAGACGAGAAAUAUAGAACGAGCUAUCGGGAGGAGACAUACACCCAUUGAGAAACAGGAGUACUUAGCGACGACGUAUCUACCUUACGUGAAAGGUUGUACAGAUAAAAUCGGGCGUCUUUUGAAGAAGAGGAAUAUCAACACAGUAUUCAAUACUGUAAGGAAGGUGGUGGCAGCGUUUCCAAAGACCUGCAACAACGACCAGCUCCAGGGCCCCGGUGUGUACAAUAUUCCUUGCUCUUGCGGAAAGGUCUACAUAGGACAAACAGGAAGGCACAUCAACACGAGGUUAAAGGAACACAAAAGUCACCUCAAAAAUAACAACUGGUAA